GCGGUGAUUGGUGGAUAAGUGAGGAGUGGGCGGGGCUGUGGCGCGCCCUGGGGGAGGUGAGGGAUAGGCCCGCUCGCCGCUGUCGGGAUGAGCGUCAGGACACCCCAGCGGGUCCCGGCCGCGUACCCCGCCCCGCGGGCACUCGGCACCCCCGUGCUGGCAGAGUGCCCCGGGAACGAUGAUGAACGGGAGAGGCUGCAGCGCCGGCGCUCUAAGGCCGCCGAUCUACGGCUCGGCAGCAUCGACUCGCCUCAGGCUGUCUCGUCACCACUCACCAGACAGGUGGAGGCAUGGCAGCCAGCCCUCCCCCAGUGGACCAAUGCCCAGAUCUCGGACCACUACAGCACCUGCCUCAAGCUCUCCACCGAGAACAAAAUCACCAUGAAGAACGCCUUUGGCUUACACCUGAUAGACUAUAUUAAUCAAAUCCUCAAGCAAAGGAACUCUGAACUGACCAAUUUCAAGGUGGCAGCUGGCACACUCGAUGCCAGUGCGAAGAUUUAUGCCAUGCGCGUGGACGUUGUCCACACAGACACCUACAAAGUGCUUGGAGGCUUGGGCAAGGACUCGGCCCCUACAGAAAACACGGACAGCCCAGAGGAAGAGCACAGUCUGGCUCCUGAGGCUGUCAAGAGAGUGCAGACAAAGAAAAAACACUCAUUCAAAACCAUCGAGCAGAACUUGAAUAACAUCAAUGUGUCAGAAGCCAAUCGCAGAUGUGAGGUUGAUCCCAUGUUCCAGAAAACAGCCGCAUCGUUUGAUGAAUGCAGCACAGCCGGCAUUUUCCUCACGGGGCUGCGCACCCAAGGCUGCCACAGCAAGCUCCUCUUUGACUUGCACAUCGUCCCUCUCCCUUCUUCAGAAACGCCCACACUGCCAAACUCUGAUCCUGUGAAUGUGACAGAUUUAAAGCCCUUGCUAGCGCAGUGUGUUGAAAAACUCCCCAUCUGCUCUUCGCUGGCUGGUUUCCAGUUUACAAAGUGGGAUAUCGAAUCCCACGAUGAGUCCGUGUCAGCCCUGUUGGAUAAAUUUAAGAAGAGCGACCUAGCGUUCGAUAUUAAUGCAGAGGUAGACAGUGAUGUGGAAGACUGUGCUGCCCCACUGCCAGAUGACGACUUCAGUUGCAACUCGCCCAGGAGCACAGGAGCAGACAAGGCUGUGGAAUUGACAGGAAAACUCACCUCCUUUGGAACAGUCUGCAACAGCAAGAUAACCGAUGUGAUUUCUCUGGGAGAUGGAGACAUCGAGACCAUGUGCCAUCAUCUCUCCAUGAAACCAGGGGAAUAUUCGUACUUCAGCCCCCGAACUCUCUCCAUGUGGGCUGGCCCAGAGCACUGGCGUUUCAAACCUCGACACAAAUCAGAUGCUGACUCUGAAAAAGAGACCAAGAAAAGGAGUGCAAAGACAGCAUUUGAAAUAAACUUCGAUGAGGAUAUUGACUUUGAUGCACAUUUUCGUAGGACCAAGGCAGUGGUAACUCUUGCCAAAUCCAUUUUGGAAGGCCAGAAUGUGAGGAGCACCACACUUCCCCCAGACUUUAACUAUGACCCCAACAACAUGGUCCAGCUGUUCCUCAAACCUUCUGUUAAGGUCUGCAGGACGUCUAAGCCGAACAGCUUGAUGGAUUAUGAAGAAGAGAUCGGCGAGUACGAUUACAACAACCCCAACGACACCUCCAAUUUCUGCCCUGCGUUGCAGGCCGCAGACAGCGAUGAUGAUCAUGACCUCAUCGAAUUCGUGGGCCAGGCCGGGGUGUUCAACCUCACCGCCCACCCGGAGGGUCGAGAGACUCAGUUCAACGGGGUUGUCGGCGAUAUCGAUAUCACGGCGUACGGAGAGCUGAACCUCGUUGCUGAGCCACAGAAGGUCAAUAAGAUAGUGAUUCCCUAUGCAAAGACAGCCAAGAAAAUGGACGUGAAGAGGUUGAAAACAGAGACGUGGAACCUCUUGACAGAUGGACAGAAGACAGAAACAGUGACAGAGAAAGGAGAUGCAGAGGAAGAGGAGACAUCGGCGGUAGUGGGUGAGAAGACACUCAGCGGCCUCGCAAAGGAUCUGCUUCACAGGCUGCCGUUGGUGAUGGCCAAAAACCUCUCUGUCCCCUUGGCCUUCCUCUGCCUCCUUCAUUUGGCGAACGAGAAGAAUCUGCAGCUGAAGAACACAGAGGACUUGUCUGAUGUCCUGGUGAAACAAGGCAACUAAGCCAGUGCAGAGCAGCGCUUGGCUUCCCGGCUGACAGCCGCUCACUCCGGAUUCUCAUCAGUGGCAGCUUCAUCUCCUCCCAGCACCGUUGCUGAGAAAUCCCACCAGCCUCUGCACCUCAGGGAGACUUUUAAGUCAAGGUGGUCCUACAUAAACACAGCUGAACGGUUGCAGCUCUGCCAUGUUCGAUCCAUCAGCUCUUUGCUGGGUCUGGAGAUCCUCCAUAUCACUGUGAACCACCAGUGCCUGGGAGCAAAAGGCUCCUCAGUCUGUCUGACUCAUUCCCAGUCCAUGAACUGACUGUUACUUGUCUCUCCAGUUCCUCGUGCAGUCUUAUUCUUUCCCUGAAAUGAUUUGGCUUUGUAUACUGAGAUUAAAGGUAAUAAAGUGCAAAUUAGAGAUAAUAAA